GGUGCGAGGACUGUGGGCAGUACCAUGAUUCAGAGUGUCCUGAACUGGGCCCAGUGGUGACGGUCAAAGACUCCUUUGUAUUGAGCAGGGCAAGAUCAUCUCUUCCUUCUAAUUUGGAGAUAAGACAAUUGGAAGAUGGGACUGAAGGAGUCUUUGCUCUGACUCAACUAGUGAAACGUACUCAGUUUGGCCCGUUUGAAUCCAAGAGAAUUUCAAAGUUGGAAAAAGAAUCCGUUUUUCCCCUGAAGGUGUUCCAGAAGGAUGGGCCCCUGGUAUAUUUUGACACCUCAAAUGAAGAUGAUUGCAACUGGAUGAUGAUGGUGCGACCAGCCACUGAAUAUGAGCAUCAAAACUUAACUGCCUUCCAGCAUGACAAUGAUAUUUACUUCACCACCUCCAGGGACAUCCCACCAGGAACUGAGCUGCGAGUGUGGUAUGCAGCUUUUUACGCCAAAAAAAUGGAAAAGCCAGUGCUGAAGCAGGUCACUAGUAUAACCAAUGAUAUGUGCUUGGUAGUGAUGGAAUCUGAUAAAGAGAGGAACAAAAUCUCUUCAAAACCUUCAUCUGCUGUCUUCCCCCAUAAAAAAGCGAAGAAAUCCAGCAUACCAGCAGCUGAUCCAGCAGUGAACACUCCAGAACACAGUGGUGCUGCAGAAGCAGAGUCAAGCCAGUGGACAUGUAAAGUGUGUUCAUCUGCUUUCCAGGAGCCUCAGCUGCUGACAGAGCACUUGCUGAGUCACCUGGAAGAAGUUAAAGGUGCCCCCCAAACCAGCCCAAAUGAGGCUGUUGCAGAGAAAGCAGCAGAGGCUCCCCCUGAGGAUCAGCCAGUGGUUUGUGAUGCAGCCAGUGCCAGUACAGACUCAAGGAGGAAAGCCAGGCGGGGAAGAAAGCCCAAAACAGCAAAAGCGGAAAUACCUCUUAUUGUUCUUGAAGAGAAAGAUUCUGAUGCAGAGCAUGUAGCUGAUGUUGUAAUUGAGGUCCCGCCAGAAGAGCCAGCCCUGCCUUCAGCCACAGAAGAGAGAAUUAUGGAAUUGGUUUUAGGAAAGAUGCCUAGCACCACAAAUAGCAUCAGUUCAGUGACAAAUAGGUUUGCUCAUCACCAAAACACCAUGUCCCUCAAAAGAAGUUUAAUUCUCUCCAGUAGACAUGGUAUACGGCGGAAGCUGAUAAAACAACUUGGGGAGCACAAGCGAGUCUACCAAUGCAGCAUCUGCAGUAAGAUCUUCCAGAACAGCAGCAACCUCAGCAGGCACAUCCGUUCUCAUGGUGACAAACUAUUUAAAUGUGAGGAAUGCGCAAAGCUCUUCAGCCGUAAAGAGAGCUUGAAGCAGCACGUUUCAUACAAGCACAGCAGGAACGAAGUUGACAGUGAGUACAGAUACAAGUGCACCACGUGUGAAAAGGCCUUUCGGAUAGAGAGUGCGUUGGAAUUCCAUAACUGCAGGACAGAUGACAAGACAUUCCAGUGUGAGAUGUGUUUCAGAUUCUUUUCUACAAACAGUAAUCUUUCAAAACACAAGAAAAAGCAUGGGGAUAAGAAGUUUGCAUGUGAAAUCUGCAAUAAGAUGUUCUACCGGAAGGAUGUCAUGCUAGACCACCAAAGACGACACUUGGAAGGGGUGAGGCGUGUGAAAAGAGAAGAAUUUGAGCACAGCACGGAAAACAUGGUUCGCUACAAGAAGGAGCCUUCAGGAUGCCCCGUGUGCGGGAAGGUAUUUUCAUGUAGAAGCAAUAUGAACAAACACCUUUUAACACACGGAGACAAGAAAUACACCUGUGAAAUCUGUGGACGUAAAUUUUUCAGGGUGGAUGUGUUGAGAGAUCAUAUUCAUGUCCAUUUUAAGGACAUAGCACUGAUGGAUGAUCACCAGAGGGAAGAGUUCAUUGGUAAAAUAGGAAUCUCAUCAGAGGAGAAUGAUGACAACUCUGAUGAAAGUGCAGAUUCUGAGCCUCACAAGUAUAGCUGCAAAAGGUGCCAGUUGACUUUUGGCAGAGGAAAGGAGUACCUGAAGCACAUAAUGGACGUGCACAAGGAGAAAGGCUAUGGCUGUAGCAUUUGUAAUCGACGUUUUGCCUUGAAGGCAACUUACCAUGCACACAUGGUCAUUCAUCGGGAGAACCUGCCUGAUCCUAACGUGCAGAAAUACAUUCAUCCAUGUGAAAUCUGUGGAAGGAUUUUUAACAGCAUAGGAAAUCUGGAAAGACAUAAGCUUAUACAUACAGGUGUAAAAAGUCAUGCUUGUGAGCAAUGUGGCAAAUCAUUUGCUAGAAAAGACAUGUUAAAAGAACAUAUGCGAGUCCAUGAUAAUAUCCGAGAAUACUUGUGUGCAGAAUGUGGCAAAGGAAUGAAGACAAAACAUGCACUUCGUCACCACAUGAAACUUCACAAAGGUAUUAAAGAAUAUGAAUGCAAGGAAUGUCACCGAAAAUUUGCACAGAAAGUCAACAUGCUGAAGCAUUACAAAAGACACACAGGAAUCAAAGAUUUCAUGUGCGAGCUCUGUGGCAAGACAUUUAGUGAGCGAAAUACAAUGGAGACUCAUAAGUUGAUUCAUACAGUAGGAAAACAGUGGACUUGUUCAGUCUGUGAUAAGAAAUAUGUCACUGAUUACAUGCUACAGAAGCACAUCCAGCUCACACAUGAUAAGGUGGAAGCCCAGAGCUGUCAGCUGUGUGGGACAAAGGUUUCUACCAGAGCAUCUAUGAGUCGACAUAUGAGGCGUAAACAUCCAGAGAUUAUUUCGGUGAGGAUUGAUGAUUUAGAGCAGCUGCCAGAGACGACUACCAUUGAUGCCUCCUCAAUUGGGAUUGUUCAGCCGGAAUUAGCAUUGGAACAGGGAGAAUUACCAGAAGGGAAACAGCAUACGAAAGCUCCUAAACGUGGCCAGAAGCGAAAACAAAAGUCAGGUGAGGAGGAGGAAGCUCAAGUGCCUGAGGACCCUGCCUUCAGUGAAUACACAGAGAAGGAAGGUGAAUUCACAGGGAAUGUUGGAGAUGAGACUAAUUCAGCUGUACAGAGCAUCCAGCAGGUGGUGGUGACCCUUGGCGACCCAAAUGUCACAGCCCCUUCCAGUUCUGUCGGGCUGACAAAUAUCACCGUUACCCCCAUUACGACGGCAGCUGGAACCCAAUUCACAAACCUUCAGCCAGUGGCUGUGGGCCACCUGACUGCACCUGAACGCCAGUUACAGCUGGACAACUCAAUUCUCACCGUGACGUUUGAUACCGUCAGCGGUUCUGCCAUGCUGCACAACCGCCAGAAUGACAUUCAGAUCCACCCACAGCCAGAGGCAGCCAAUCCGCAGUCUGUGGCCCACUUUAUAAACCUGACCACCUUGGUGAACUCCAUUGCUCCUCUAGGGAACCAGAUAUCGGAACAGCAUCCUCUGACGUGGAGGUCAGUGCCUCAGACUGAUGUCUUGCAGCCCCAGGCACAGCCAACGCCACAGCAGUCAGGACAGCAGCAGGUUCAAACAGAGCAACAACAACAGAUGUAUAGCUACUAAUUUAUAUUUUGAAAAGUUUUGGAAUGGACAGUACUCAGAGACAAGAACACACAAACGUUUGGAAAAUUUCUCAUAGGAUUGUUUGCUGGAUACCAAACAGAGCUAGGAAAAUGUUUAUACAAUGAAAUGUAAGCUAAGAUUGGCAGAGCACCCUGCAACACCCUAAUCUUGAGAUUCUCACACUGUCUCUAGACCUUGCACUGU